AUGGUCACCGCCGCCGCCGCCGCCGCCGCCGCCGCGACCCUGUCGGAGCCGCGGCGGGCACUUCCGGGGGCCCCCGGGUGUCCGUUGGGUCUGUCGGCACGCACUCCCCCGAGCGCGUCGCGGCAGGCACGUGCGUCCCUGAGCCGCGCUCGCCGGGCCGCGGACGCCGCACCCGGGGCGGCCCCAGCUCCGUCCCUGCGGGGCCCGGGCCCCGGUCGCUCCGGCCCAGCGGCGGCUGGAGCCCGUGGGCGGGGCAGAGGGCACGCCUACGCUGACGCGCUGCCCGUGCGUGCGUCCGUCCGUCCGUCAGCGGCGCUCUCCCGGCGCCAGCGCCUCUGGCGGCUGACAGCCUCGACGCGGAAGGGUCUGCUCCUGCCCCUAAGUUUCGGCACGGAGCCCCGGAAUGCGUCUCGCCGGGCUGACCUGAAGAGCACAUUUCAAACCUUUGGGAAAGAAGUGUGCCUCAUAGAUCAUUCGAUGUGUCCCGUCCCCAGCACUGUUCAUCGAGAGCCCAUCUGCUGUGAGUGCCAGGCCAAAUUCGGGGGCUGCCUGCCGGUGCCCAGGGUCAAGGCGAUGUUGCCUUACUGGGUCCCUUUGUCCUUGAGACCCCGAAAGCAGAUCCAAAAGAUGGUCCGGUUUUAUAUCCCCAAAACCUCCGAGGCAUGCCCCUGCCCAUGCCACCGCUUUGGGGGCCGCCUCCCGAUGCCUAGGGAUCAGGCCGUGAUGCCCUACUGGGUGCCCCAGGUCCUGAGGCCUCACAAGAAGGUGGUGAAGAGGCAGCAGAGUUGUAAAGGCGUCCAAGAACCCUCUCUGGACUUGCGCUCCUGGUACAACCGCUGGCAGAUCUGCUGUGACGGGCGCCUCCUCCUCAAGUGGCAGCAGCUCCAGGCCCUUCACCAGCACGAGCCACUGGCCCCAGGGAGGGGAGUGAGCCCCCCGGCCCCCCUCCUGCCCUUCAGCCUCCUGACCCUCCUGCAGGCGGUCCUGAGGGUCAUGGUGGCCAUUCGCCACUUGUUUUGGGUUUGAAGUUGGAGUCUUCAGCCACUGCCGAGAACAUCAACGAAAAUGUCAGUCAUAAUCAAGGUCUUUAAUGAGAGCCGUCAAGUCAGGAGGAGUCUGUGAUAAGCCACCAUUUUCUCAGGUCCUAUAACUCACACCUGGGGUUGGGUCUAAGUUCUUUCUCAUCAGGCAGUGCUGCGUUGCGGUGCAGCUGCUGUGGAUGCGGGUGAGACUGGCGAAUGCGGCCAAUAAAUGUUAUUUAUGAAACUCCA